AGCGAAAAAGAGCCCAGGCGGUGUGUCCGUACAUCUGUUGGUGCCUGGAUCUCUCUGUGAAAAUCUCGAGCUGGUUUCAGAUCUCGAACCCUCCAUGAGAUGGCUUCCAUCGACUCCAGUCCUCGCACCGUUGAAGACAUUUUCAAGGACUACAAAGCUCGACGCAGCGGCGUAGUUCAAGCUCUCACCUUCGAUGUCGACGAAUUCUACGCGCUAUGCGAUCCAGAGAAGGAGAAUUUGUGUUUGUACGGACAUCCGAAUGGGUCAUGGCAUGUGGCUAUGCCAGCGGAGGAAGUUCCGCCUGAGCUGCCGGAGCCGGCUUUAGGGAUUAAUUUUGCAAGAGAUGGGAUGAACAGGAGAGACUGGCUUGCGUUAGUUGCUGUGCAUAGUGAUUCUUGGUUGCUUUCUGUGGCAUUUUACUUUGGUGCUAGCCUUAACCGUAACGACAGGAAGCGGCUUUUUAGCAUGAUAAACGAUCUGCCCACUGUCUUUGAAGCUGUAACCCAAGGAAAACUUGUCAAAGACAAACCCACUAUGGAUAGUGGAAGCAAAUCGAAGAGUAGCACGAAGAGAUCAAUUGAUGGCCAGGUGAGAAAUGACCUAAGGCCACGAGAUGAGGGCUAUGUGGAGGAUGACGAUGAACACAGUGAAACCCUUUGUGGUAGCUGUGGGGGAAAUUACAAUGCUGAUGAGUUCUGGAUCGGCUGUGACAUCUGUGAGAGGUGGUUCCAUGGAAAGUGCGUGAAGAUAACACCAGCCAAGGCUGAAAGUAUCAAGCAGUAUAAAUGCCCUUCUUGCAGCUUGAAGAAGGGCAGGCUGAACUAAAAAGGCUUCUGAAGGAGUUAACCUUCUUGUUUCAUACCCAAUUUCUUAGGAUUGCUGGCUUUUCAACAUCUUAAUGUUCACCAUAACAAAUGCUCUUUUUAAGGGAAUUGAAGUUCUGCUUCUUCCCCUACAAUGCCUGUCUCAGCACUUUUUCAUAUAAGACAGCGUUUGGUAUCAUCUCAUGAAAGUUCUAAUUUCAGGA